CGAGCCCACCAGAUAGGUAAAGAUGAUUCCUAUCCUCUCUCUCCUACCCCCGUAAUGUCUUACAUUGAUCUUGAAGUAUCAGGCAAUAACAACACCAUUACUCCUUCAAGACGUAGUUGCAGAUCGAGAGUUAAGCUAUUGGCUGAAGUGUCCUUAUCCAUGUCCUGUAACGUGUCUAGUCCAAUGUCUUGUCCUUCGUCUCCGAUAAUUAAUGAUACUAAUCAAGAUGUUUGUUCCUGUGACCCCCCUUCCACUCAAUCUCCCAAUGUCAUAUCCCAAUCCACUAAUCCCCCUUCCCCCUGUGUCACUACACGCGUUACUUGUGCUUCAUCCCGUGUUCACUCCAGCAAAUUACCUCCUUCGGUCCUUACUAAUCUUGAUCCAGAUGAUGACAUCAUCAUACCCUACCCUCCACGACCUAACCCCAAUCACACUCCCAAUCAUUACCAUCAACCAUCCCUUGAACCAGUGGUCGCCCCUUCCGGUUGUACUGCUGGAAAUAGUGGUACCCCAUUGGCCUCCCCCACCCCACACCAUCCUACCUCUAAUUCCCCGGAGUUAUCCCUCCCAACCUCCACCCACCAAUCAUCUUCUGAACCAACGGUCGCCUUAAGUGGUUGCACUACUGGGGAUGGUGAUGUUGUACCAAACCAAUCUUCCAAUUCUCCUACAUUCGAUCCUGAUAACCCUCCUUCUCCAUCAACAGCAUCCCAAAACCCCUUCAUUAUCCCCCCUCCACUCCCAGAUUCCUUCCUUUCCUCAUCAACUACUGACCAAUCCCAACCGAAUAACCCAAUCCACCAAUCAUCUUCUGAACCAACGGUCGCCUUAAGUGGUUGCACUGCCGGGGACGGUAAUUUUGUACCAAACCAAUCUUCCAAUCCCCCUACAUUCGGUCCUGAUAACCCUCCUUCAUCAACAGCAUCCCAAAACCACUUCAUUAUUCCCCCUCCACUCUCAGAUUCCUUCCUUUCCUCAUCAACCACUUACCAAUCCCAACCGAAUAAUAACCAAGUACCUAAUGCCAACCCUCCCCCUAAUAAUGUUAAUGAUCCGUUUCAAGAUAGAUGGUCGUCAGUCUUCUUGGAUACCAUUUCCUGGGAUGUUUUUUCCAAUCAAUGUGAAAAAUUCUCCGAAGAUGUUAUCAAGACCAGCCAAGAGAAGCAAUCCAAAAAACCAUCAGCUGGGCCCCGGCAUCCACUUCGUCCUUCAGCAUGCCCCGUUAAUAACAACAGAGCUUCGCUCCGGUAUAACCCUCGGGAAGCUAGAAAGAUACAAGCACUUUACCGUUUAUCAAAGAAGCGUGCGGCUAGGCAGGUCCUAAAUAAUAAUUCACCAUCUUAUACAGGAUCAACUGACGAUGGUAACACCUUCUUCACCAAUGUGUUUGGAGAAAAACAUUGUAAUACUGACAAAGUUAAACGUGGCUUAGAUGAUUUUGUACCUUCUUCUCCCAUUGACGAGAACCUGUAUGCCCCUGUCACCCCUGAGGAAGCUGCUAAGAAACUCAGAUCCCUUUCUAACUCUGCCCUGGGGUCUGACAAAGUAGAAUAUCGGCCACCUUCGCUCGGUUGA